UGUUGUAAAGUUAGAAAAAGAAAUCUCAAUGUCCGGUGUCGAGAUUUAUUGAGUUAGGUUAUAAAUAAUUAUAAUAAUUAAUAGUUUGUAGUUCGUAUUUUAUUUCAUUACGUGAAAUAAACAUGAGUUUCACAGUUUCCAAGUGUUUUUGCAACGUCGUACGGACGUUAUCUCGCUCCAAUUAUACGAGCGCUAUAAGCUUGAAAAAUCUUCACCCAAAGAGUUCGUUGAAAAUUACCACACCAUCACCUGAACAGUUGUCAGUUGGCGACAAUAUUUUUACGGGAUAUAUACCAAUAGAAGAGCUGGAAAUCACAUAUAGCACUUCUAGUGGUCCAGGUGGUCAGAAUGUCAACAAGGUCAAUUCUAAAGUUGAUUUGAGAUUCAAGGUGGAAUCGGCAAAAUGGCUCAAUGAAGAAGUCCGACAGAAACUAAUCAAUAUACAUCAAAAUAAACUGACUAAAGAGGGAUAUUUAAUAAUUCGAUCAGAAAAAACACGGUCACAGCAACUCAAUCUUGCAGAUGCCAUGGAACGAUUACGUUCUCUUGUAUGGAAAGCUGUUGAACCUGAACCAAAGCAAUCUGAGGAAACCAUUGAAAAAAUAAGACGCAGGAUGGAGAAAGCAAACAGCAAAAGAUUAAUAGAGAAGAAAAUGAAGUCCUUGACCAAGAGCAAUCGUCAAGCACCAACAGUGUUCUAAAUAUAUGUAAUAUGUAAAACUGCAUAGUAUGUAUUAUGUAUUGAUUUAAUAGGGCAACAAGACAAUUAUUCACAUUGUUUCAAAUUUUUACUUUUAUUAAUAUUUAAUACAAAAUAUUAUUUGUACAUAAA